UAGAAAUGACGACACACAUGUGCGGAAGCAUUUCAGCAGAGAUGUGUACUUUUGUUAGGCAGCAUAAACAAUCUCUGAUAUUUUACAACAUUAUCAGAUGUUAUUGUAUGAAUUCUGAUUAUUUAAUCUAAUCAAUGACAAACUAGCAAAGCAAUCAAGACGCUAUCAAAAUGUCUGCCACUUGCAACUGUACCGAGCAUGUCAACAAACUCAACCAGCAGAUAUCUGUCAUGCGAAAAGAAAUCAAGAAUCUCAGGCAAUUGUUGGACAGUGCUGUUCGUUCUCAUCGAAAACACAUGACAUCUCUCCAGUCUGCUUUGACACACAUUGGCCAGAGUCGAUCUCCAAAGAGUCAGCCAAGGCCACAGGCAGACCUUGAGACACAGAAUUCACUUGAGAAAGGGACCAUCCAGACAGUCCCCAUAGGUUACAUCAGCUCCUGUUUCUCAGUGAAGAAUGGCACCCCCAGACAGCCAACCAUAUGUGGGCCCUCCAGAGCCACCCUUCAGAUCCAGCAGAGUGUCUUCAACAACCCUGAACACUCACUGGUCGGCCUGGACAACUACUCUCAUGUCUGGGUCAUCUUCCUGUUCCAUAAGAAUGGCCACCUGAGUUAUAAGGCUAAGGUGAAGCCACCCAGACUCAACGGCCAGAGGGUUGGGGUGUACUCCACACGUAGCCCCCACCGGCCCAACGCCCUGGGUCUGACCCUGGCCAAGCUGGACAGAGUCACAGGUGACACACUUCAUCUGAGUGAGAUAGACAUGAUCGAAGGAACCCCUGUCCUCGAUAUCAAACCCUACAUCUCUGACUAUGACUCCCCACACAGUAGACUGGACAUUGACACAGAUACUUAUGACUCUGGCGUCCAACCUGAGAGCACCAGUGUACCAUCAGAAGAGGGGACCACCAGUGUACCAUCAGAAGAGGGGACCACCAGUGUACCAUCAGAAGAGGGGACCACCAGUGUACCAUCAGAAGAGGGGACCACCAGUGUACCAUCGGAAGAGGGGACCACCAGUGUACCAUCGGAAGAGGGGACCACCAGUGUACCAUCAGAAGAGGGGACCACCAGUGUACCAUCGGAAGAGGGGACCACCAGUGUACCAUCGGAAGAGGGGACCACCAGUGUACCAUCGGAAGAGGGGACCACCAGUGUACCAUCGGAAGAGGGGACCACCAGUGUACCAUCGGAAGAGGGGACCACCAGUGUACCAUCGGAAGAGGGGACCACCAGUGUACCAUCGGAAGAGGGGACCACCAGUGUACCAUCGGAAGAGGGGACCACCAGUGUACCAUCGGAAGAGGGGACCACCAGUGUACCAUCGGAAGAGGGGACCACCAGUGUACCAUCUGAAGAGGGGACCACCAGUGUACCAUCUGAAGAGGGGACCACCAGUGUACCAUCUGAAGAGGGGACCACCAGUGUACCAUCGGAAGAGGGGACCACCAGUGUACCAUCGGAAGAGGGGACCACCAGUGUACCAUCGGAAGAGGGGACCACCAGUGUACCAUCGGAAGAGGGGACCACCAGUGUACCAUCGGAAGAGCGGACCACCAGUGUACCAUCGGAAGAGGGGACCACCAGUGUACCAUCAGAAGAGGGGACCACCAGUGUACCAUCAGAAGAGGGGACCACCAGUGUACCAUCGGAAGAGGGGACCACCAGUGUACCAUCAGAAGAGGGGACCACCAGUGUGGAGACGCUGCAUUCAGACUCAGUAGCUUCUUUCUCCUGUACUGUUGAUCCCCAGUUGGACUUGGGGGUUGAGAGACAGGAUAGUCAUAACGCAGACCCCAGAAUACUCCACUCAAAAGACAAAUCCAAAGUUCACAUCCUCCGUCCAGGCGAUGCCUCCAGCUCUUCUGCUUCGAAAACCCUGGGCAAAGACCUCACCACUGUGCUGGGGGAGCUCAAGGCCUACAUUAGCGAGGGAGAUGACUGCCUCACCCUGGGGAGCUCUGUAGGAAAGUCUCAGGCUUCAGAUGGCCCUAAUGCCAAGCCAUUGGAGCCAGUGGAGGAUAGUGCUAGGCCUUGCUAUGAUGAAGAGGCCUACAGCACCAUCGCUGGCUGGAUCAGGGAGCCUCCUGUGACCAGUCUGGAGGUGCGCUUCACCCCCCAUGCAGAGAGAGAGCUGGGGGAGUUCCUUGCCCCCAUCAGUGCAGAAUCUCGUGACCGACCCAGGUUCCGGUUCCUGCGCGGUCCAAAAGAGGCUGCGGCCGCCAUCAGAGGGGUCCUAUCUGCUGACCCCAGGUCAGUGUAUCGGAGGAGCCGCUGUAAGGACAGACUCUUCUUCUUCACCUUGGACACGGCAGACAUCACCUGCUGGUUCGGACAGGGCUUCGCUGAGGUGCUCCGGGUCAGACUCGUGGCUGUUGGAAAAGAACUGGCCAGCUGAAUGGUUCAGGUUCUAUAUGAUCCUAAUGGUUCUAUGGAAUGAUUUUGGAAUCAGCUCUCAAGAAUAGUUUUACAGGUGAAUCUGAGAAAAUAUGAAUAUUUAACUAAAUAAAUGCAAUGUUAUAAACAACUGUUAUUAAAACAUGGAUUUUA